AUGGGCUUUAAAUUCACCCUCUUGUGUGAUCUGCUGUCCAGCCUGGACGACAGCAAAACGGCCAAGGCCUGCACGGCGGCCAGGAACGAUAAUCCAGACAUUAGAACAGUCGCCCAGUGGUUCUCUCGACAUGAGCGGACUAUCCAUCAUGUCGAAACAGACCGUGUAGCGCUGCUUUCGUGCAUGUUCCCAGAAAAACGAACGGACCGAGUAUACUGGCUGCAAGUAUUGCAGCUAUCAAGAGUCAUUGGCCGCUGCUUGGGGUUGGGAUCAUCGCGACUUUCCGAACUUAACAGAUGGCAAAGUCCUGGUGGUCCUGAUCUUGGAGGGUGUGUCGAAAUUGUCAUGAGGCAAGCCGAGAAUUACAUUCCUGCCGGCCAGGAGUUGUCGGUAGAAGAAAUCGAUCGCGCCAUGGUUAUGAUUGCCUCACGUUGUCGCUUCUCUGGGCCUAAUGCCCGCCGGAAUCGUACAGUUGUGAAUGUUGAUGAAAUCCUAUCAAAACUGUACCGUCGAACAAGUAGCCGUGACGCCAAAUGGCUCACUCGCAUGAUCCUCAAAAGCUACUCUCCCGUUAUUUUUCCAGAAAAGUAUACCCUGAAGAGAUUUCACUUUCUUAUGCCGCAAUUGCUCCAGCUUCAGAACUCCUUUGAAGGUGCGUUGGAGAUACUCGCUUCCGACCCAAUAAACCAAUUCCCUCCAAACCCAAAUCCCCAAACAGCCAGAAGUCUUGCCACCAUUGCUCUACAACAUAUGCGCCCUCGUCCUGGUAUCAAGGUGGGACGCCCUGAUUAUUACAAAGCCCGGAGUAUCAAACAUUGCCAUCAGAUGGUCAACGGUCGUCGAAUGAGCAUUGAACGGAAAUACGAUGGUGAAUACUGUCAGAUCCACAUCGAUCUCUCUAACAAGUAUACACCCAUUCAGAUCUUCUCCAAAAGUGGCAAGGAUUCGACCGCAGAUAAAGAUAAGAUCAUACCUGUGAUAGAAGAAUCGCUUCGCACUGGAUUACCCGAGUGCAAAUUUGCGCGCCGCUGUAUCGUUGAGGGAGAACUGCUCGUAUGGAAUGACCAAAACAGUGAACUGAUGGACUUCAACAAAAUCCGGAGGUUUAUACCACGAUCUGGCACCCUAAUUGGUGUUGAUAAUGAUUCUCCGCCGCAACCGUUUGAACAUUUGAUGAUCAUGUUCUUUGACAUCCUCCUCCUUGAUAAUGACGUAUGCCUUGCUAAGCCUCAUCGGGAACGAAGACUACUUUUACAGAAAGUGGUAAAGACCAUUCCUGGCCGAGCGGACCUCGUCCAUCAGGAAGUUCUAGACUUCAACCGGAUUGAUAGCUAUCAUCGACUCGAAAGGUCCUUCGAGAAAGCAAUUACUCGACGUUGGGAGGGGUAUGUCUUGAAAGCUUCUGACGAGCCUUAUUUUCCGAUGUACACCACUGGUGCGGAUCAUAUGUUUGGCCGAUGGAUCAAACUCAAGAAAGAUUAUAUACCCGGUCUUGGAGACACAUUAGACCUGGCAUUGAUCGGAGCUAGCUACAACGCGCAGGAUGCUCCUGAUCUGAGACGAAUAAAAAAGCUGAAAUGGACUCACUUUUAUGUUGGAUGUCUUCUGAACAAGGAACGUGUCAAACAAGGCGAUUCUUUACCGCAUUUUCGAGUGGUUGAUAUGAUUAGCCGACACUGUAUGAGCAUUCAGACCAUGCAAACGCUCAAUCAAAUGGGCGAAUUCUAUGCAUGUGAACCUGAAUCAUUUGAAGACUUUGCAGUUGAGUACGGGCACAACAAACUUACCGUUGCAACCACAUUAUUCAAAAAUCCGUUUGUCGUCGAGAUGCUGGGCAGUGGAUUUGAAAAGCCGUCUGGGGCUAGAUACUUCACACUUCGAUUUCCUCGGAUUUUGAAGAUACAUUCGGACCGGACCCUUGAAGAAUGUACAUCUUUUCAGGAACUGGAGCUUGCCGCGGAGGAUGCCCGGGCUGUGCCUGCGGAUGAACUGGAAGAACGCGAGAGAUGGUCAAAACGCCUCAAGGCUGCAAGUGGACUUGAUCAGUACAUUGUGCGAUCUCCAAGUCCAGAAGCGACUUGUUCAGACACCGACGAGGAGAUAAAUUCGCCGCCAUCCCAGGUUCCCCACGCUAACACUUCUUCUGGAGAAAUCUUGAUGAAUGCAUGUCCAUUGAUGGAUUGGCCGCGUGAAGAUUCAACAGGGAAGGGCAACCAUGAGCCAUCAUAUAAUGACCCUCCAAUGUCCCCUCUAAUCUACAUCGAUGAGACAACACUUCCCACUAAAGACCAAAAUCCUGUUCUUGAGACCAAUAUACUCGUGGAGAACGUGAACCUGUCGUCUCGUCAACACUCCAGCCAGAAGGAUGAAAAGAUUGCUUCGCAGGAAGUUUCGAGCUUUUUACGGACAGCCACUUCCAUCUCCGCGCAGCAAUGGAUUUCGAGCAAGCUGUUGGUGUCCACAUCAUCCAAACAGAAACGCAAGAUAUCACCCCAAUCUCCUCUAACAACUAUCCCUAUAUGGACGCCCGAAACCUCAUUGGGAAGCUUUACACUUCCCCAAAUUGAUGAACAGCCCAACAAAGAUCGCGAAUCUUGUGAUUUGGAUAAAUUUGUUCGGUGUCUCUGCUCGGAUGAAUUUGGUUCUUACCUCCAACAAUCGAAUCCCCAUGCUGCAUCACAGGGGACACGGUUUGGCAUUAUCCUGUUUGAUCCCAAAGCAACUCGGUUAGGCGAAGAAAUGCGCCGUCUCGCGACAACGCUUUCUAGUUUUGUCCAUACUGUGACAAGCUCGCUCCCCUCCAUGGGAAGCAUAUUCUUUUUGGGCUCGAGCAUGUUGGAACGUGAUCUACGGCCCGGUGACCUUCGUUUCUGCCUGCGUGACACGUGGACAGUUAUUGGACGUGAUCAUUUCUAUGGCUGUGUUUCAUGGAAUCUCAGCAAGCGAUCUGAUGGUUUAUCCAUCGGAAGAGAGAAUCUCUGCCCUGAGUCGAAUCAACAUUGUUAUGACAUGGCAAAGGUGAUAUCAGAGCCUCCGCACUCUGGGCCAAGGACCCCAUGGAUCGAGAUGACCUUUGAUGAGACAGCUAUUGCUGUGUUGGGCGAGUAUAUCUCGAUCGAACCACUCGCUCAUGUUUUAUAUGAUUGA